GCAAGAGAUACUGUUUGCAACAUGGAACCCCACGAAAAUGAUGGCGACAGCCCCCCAUCUGAAAAUAAAGACUUGGAGAUGGAGCCCCAACCAGUUCGGCGCGGCUUCACCCGCAGAGAGGCCAAGUACCGGAAGAAAGGAACAGUGCGAACACAGCAAGGCCAAUCUGUCAAAGAGCCGGAUAUUGAAUCCAAACCACUUUCUCAAUCUGCGCAGCGGAACCUACUGUACGGCGAAGCUCUUUACACCAUCAUACACCGCAUGGGAAUGCCAGAGCCUGAGCACAUUUAUAAUGAGGAGCAGCUCUAUGACUAUCUACAGAAGGCCUUCAACAUGGAUCCAGGAGAGCAUGAAGCCAUCUUACAACGUGUCAGAGGACUGGAGGCCCCGAUUCGUUGUUUAAAAGUCACUGUUAAAGAAGCGAAAGGGAUUCUGGGAAAAGACGUCAGUGGCUUCAGCGACCCAUACUGCCUGCUAGGAAUCGACCACCGGUCAAGCGGCCGUUCCCGGGACAGCAGUCCUGAUAGGAAACAGAAGCAAAAAGCAGUGGUUAGGAACACCAUUCCUGAAGAUCGGAUGCACAGGACGCAGAUUAUAGGCCAGACACUAAAUCCUGUGUGGAAUGAGACUUUCAUAUUGGAGAUCGAAGACAUGGAAAAAGCAAGUUUUCAAAUGGACAUGUGGGACUCUGAUGAUGUGGAAACUGUCAGAACAAAGCUGGGAGACCUCACGGAUCUUCAUGGCUUAAAGAGGAUAUUUAAAGAAGCUCGAAAGGACAAGGGUCAGGAUGAUUUUCUGGGCAAUGUGGUUCUGCAGUUGCGGGGCCUAAAAUGUAAGGAGGAUUGCUGGUACAAUCUGGAACCUCGCACUGAGACCUACCCUGAAAGAGGCCGCUGUCACCUGCAGUUCCUUCUCACCCACAAAAAGAGAGGAACCAUGUUGACCAAAACUCCCAGUUAUAUUGUCCACAGACAGCUACUGCAGCAGUUUGUGCGCCAUGAGAUUACCCGCCAUGAGGCAACCAACAUCACUUGGAAUGGAGAAAUCAGCCCUCACGGUGCCACCAUCCUGUAUCUGCAUGCCACCCAGAAGGAUCUGUCAGAGUUUCACCAGGGCCUGGCGCAGUGGCUGGCAUACAGUAAGCUGUACCAGAGUAUGGAAUUCAGCAGUAGCUGUUUAUUGCACCACAUAACGAGUAUUGAGUACCUUUGGGUACAGGGGCGGCUCCAGGAUGAACAGAAAGCAGAGCUUGCCGAAUCCUUUGAGUCCCUCUUGGUAUAUGGAGUGUCCCUGCUGCAAAGGUACCGGAUAGUGUUCCCUCUGUCUGCCCCACGCUCAGUUGAACGCCUGCAGAGCCUGCUGCGGGUACUCAUUCAGAUGUGCAAGACCAAAGCGUUCCGAGAACUGUGCUCUUUAACCCCAGACCUGCAGGAGAGGGUUACAGAGGCCAUCAAGGCUGGAACCCAUGAAUGGUUUGACCUGAAGAGGCAACACCUGCAGCCAAUGAUACAGAACCAGGAGGAGAACCUUAAGUCCUUAGUAAGGCUGGUGUCGGAUGUAACAAGUGACUUGCAGAGCUGCCACAAGACGUGGAACAAGUGCUUUAUCAACACAAUUAAGGUGGAUAUUUUCAGCCUGACCUUCCAGGAGUUGGAGGAACUGGUGUCCCAGCAUUUGCUUAGCCAGCUGCCUUCUUUAAAGCUCAGUUCCAGCCCUCAGCUCUCCGAGAUCCUGUAUCAGUUAUACCUCACCCUGAGGGAACUGCACAAGCUCCAUGUACACAUGGCCAAAAGCGAGAAUGAUCUGCCCUUGAGUGGAUUCCACCGUUGGUUUGCUGAAUCUUUGCCCAGCUGGUUGCAGAGAGCGUAUACAACUGCUCAGGAGAGGGUUCAGCGAGCUGUACAGAUCGAUCAGCUGGUGCCUCUCUCAGAAUUACAGAAACACAGCGCCUCCACUGUCGAUUUGUCCACUUGCUACUCUCAGAUUGGUAAAACAUGGCAACAGUUGGACUGGCCGGAUCCUGAGGAAGCCUUUAUGAUCAUGGUGAAAUUCACAGAGGACAUGUGCCGUAUUGCUCUCACCUACUGUUCCCUAAUCAAACGCCGGGCAGAAGAAAUAUCCGGGAACAAAGAUGCUGCGGAAGCUGCCAGUAAGUUGUGCCUUGUGGUUAACAACAUUGAGCAGUUGCGCCUGGUGGUGCGUUCUCUACCCACCAAGCUGGACUGGGAAUCCCUGGAGCAGAAGACGAGCCACGUUAUCAGCACUGAUCAGUUUCAGCACACACUGCACGACCAGUUGCGGGGGGCCAUAGUGUGCCUGGAUCGGGAGAUCCGUGGGGUUGUGCAAUCGCUUGCACAAAAGCUAGAUGCUGGAAUUGCUAAACAUCUGUACUCUCUUGCCAGUGUCAAUGAUUUCAAAGAUCCCAAUGAUAGCAUUAUUCCACUGAUGAAGUUCUUGGAAAAUGAACUCCAGUACAUGAAUCAGAACCUGGUGCAAGAAAAUUUCAACUGCCUCCUGUCUCUCCUUUGGUCACACAUCCUCAUAGUUAUAUCUGGGCUUUCCACCCAAGUCACCCCCUCCUCGCGUUAUUAUCAGAGGCUCCAUGCUGCACUCAAGAACCUAGAGCUGUGUUUUCAUGCUGAAGGCUGUGGGCUACCACUCGAAGACCUUCAUACAGCCGAGUUCAUUGCUCUGGACCAAGAGCUUGGUCUCAGCUCCUCCAGCAUACAAAAGCUUAUUGAGCACUAUUACCAGGACAAAAUCCAGCAGCAGAACGAGUGCACUUCGGAGAAGUAUGGGGCCGUGACGGUGAAAGCCAGCUACCGAUCAUCCGAGCAGAAACUGCGAGUGGAGAUUCUCAAUGCUGUCAACCUCCUUCCUCUGGAUUCCAAUGGUAGCAGUGACCCCUUUGUGCAGCUGACUCUGGAACCAAAGCACCUUUUUCCAGCCGUGGAGCCGCGCAGCACCCAGAUCAAAAAGAAUGAGCUAAACCCCCUGUACGACGAGACCUUUGACUUCCUGGUGGCAGCAGAACAGUGCAAAGGGGCCGGUGCCUGCCUCCUCCUGACAGUGUUUGACUACGAUACACUGCGGUCCAAUGACUUUGAAGGGGAAGCAUUUUUGGCACUUUCAAGCCUGCCGGGUCUACAGGAAAAGAAGACGGAAGAGGGGGGCCUUGUGGCCAACAUCCCACAGACACGGCUGCCUCUCAUCCAUCCUAAACCAAAUGGAGAUCGGAUCUUGCAGAUUUUGGAAAGCCGCCGCUCAGACCGAGAAGCAGUUGCAUUUGUCAAGCUGCGUAGGCAGAGAGCCCGCCAGUCUUUGGAAGGCAAACGGUGACCUCAGGGGGGUCAAGUUCCCAAUGAUGCUUCUGUGGGACAGGAUAUCCUCUGCGCAGCCAUAUAAUAAGUUAUUCCCUGCAGGACCAAAGCAAAGGAAUUGUUUAAUCCAAACCACUCGACAAUUGAGAAAGAAUAAACCCUUUGUGGACUGAGA